CAGUAUUUUUCUCUUUGUAGCCAAAUUACCUCGGACAGAAAAAUCAGAAGAGCAAGAACACAUAGAUGUUAAUAAACGAAAGACACUAAUAAAAGCUUUUUUGUGGCUGUUGCUAGCUCUAUUUCUUCUUCUUAUGGGAACCAUUAUCGUGAUUUUCGUUCUUAAUAAACCGGAAGACAAGUACGUGCAACCAAGCAUUGCUCAAAAUAAUCAUAUUGGAAGUCAUCAAUUAUUCGUAAGAAGCGACUGGGGCGCAAGACCUCCAAAACAUUAUACGAAUAUUACUGGUCCUGUACAUAUGGUUAUAAUAAAACAUACCGCCGGAGGAUAUUGUGAUAACUUCGUAGCUUGUUCCAAAAUUGUCAGUGAUUUACAAAGUUUGAGUGCUACAAAUGGAUGGCCUGACAUUUAUUGUAACUUCCUCAUCAGCGGUGAUGGAAAUAUAUUCGAAGGAAGGGGAUGGGGAGUUCAACCCCAGGAAAGAAACAACACCGUGGAUAUAGUUUUUAUUGGAAACUACGUUAUCGACGAAAUGAAUUCUCUCAUGAUUGAUGCAGCGAAAGCUCUCUUAAAAGACGGAGUUGAGAAAAAGUACCUGGACGAUGAUUACAUUGUGGUUUGUCAUAAUCAAACCAAGAACACAAUGAGCCCGGGACAAAAUGUUGUCAAAGAGGUUCAGAAAUGGGAUCAUUUCGAUAGAAAUUUGCAUUUCAAACAUCAGUUGUGAACUCCAAACAAUCGGUUCCAACACCCCUGGAAAGUCUUCUUAUGUUAUGCGGCAAGCAAAGCAAGAAACAAGUUAUACUCAUCAGCAUUGUAGUUUUGAUUACUACUACCACCCCAAUACUCUACGUUACUCUCUCCAAUUCUCCAUCGAAAGAAAUAGACGAAAAUCAAGAAGGAUCAUAUUGGUGUUCUACACAUAUUGGAAAAUCCCAUUUGUAUUCUCGAAAGGACUGGAAUGCGAGUCAGCCUCUAUCUGAAAAAGUUCUUCCUCAUCCUGUAGGUCUGGUGAUCAUAAGUCAUAGUGCAUCUUCUCCUUGUUACUCAUUUCAAUCGUGUGCCAAAAAAGUCCAAAGUUUUCAACGUUAUCAUAUAU